AUGGCUAAGAAUCCUCAACCAAAAUCACCCAAAUAUAACUCUCCUUCAGAAGAUCCUAAUAGCCAUUUCUUUAUACAUCAUAGUGACAAUGCUCACAUGGUGAUAGUCACUCCACCUUUAAUAGGUUCAAAUUAUCUUACAUGGAACAGGUCUUUCACAUUGGCUAUUUCAAUAAAAAAUAAGCUAGGAUUUCUAGAUGGCUCUGUUCCCAUACUAGACAUUUCUGAUCCUCUCUAUGUUCCCUGGUUAAGAUGCAACAAUUUACUCAUUGAGAUUUUCAAUUCCAUUUCAAAGGAGAUUGAUUCAAAUGUGAUGUUCGUGAGUUCAGCCAAGGAUGUGUGGGAGAAACUCAAAGAUCGUUUUUCACAACCUGAUAAUGUAUGGAUUUAUAAUCUCCAACAGCAACUAAAUUCCAUUGUGCAAGGAAACUUGUCUGUAAGUGAAUAUUUUACUCAACUCAAUGCUAUAUGGGAAGAACUAAAUAGCUACAGACCUUUGCCUCAUUGUUUGUGUGGAAAAUGUAAUCGUAAUGCUUUGAAUGACAUUGGCAAAACACAACAGUUAGAUAAUAUUUUUAAGUUUUUAAUGGGGUUGACUGACAAAUAUGAUAAUAUAAGGGAACAGAUCAUACUCACAAGCCUCAUGCCUUUCCUUGACAAGACCUUCUCUUUAGUUUUGCAAAAGGAAAGGCAAAGGAAAAUACGCACUGUAUCACUGUCUUCACCUGAGUCACCAGCUCUUGCUGUUUUACAAAACAAUAAGAGUAAAGAAAAAUCUGAUAUGACAUGUUAUCAUUGUGGCAAGGUUGGACAUACUAAGGAGAAAUGUUUCAGAUUGAUAUCUCAAUUGAACAUACAUGAACCAAAGACCUACCAAUCCUCUAGCCAAACCUCAUCCAUUCAACCUAACCCCACACAGUCAGCUGCUAUUGUGACCGAACUUCCAUCAAGUUCUAACAUGGCAAAUACUGUAGUGCUAACACUUGUAGUUGUCCUAUGGUACAGACUUAAGGUGCUGGAUGCUGCUAUGUCCAUAAAGAAAGGCCACUGA